AUGUCUGUGCAAAUCCAACGAGUUCAAUGUGAACACUAUCAGUCUGCCAUUGGUAUUGGUGAAUCGCGUCCGCGUUUAAGCUGGAGAUUUGAAGGUGAAGCGGAGAAGUGGACUCAGGUAUCUUAUGACAUCCGCAUACAACGAAAAGACAAGGAAGAAGAAGAAGUGUAUCGUAAGAGAUCUGCAGAAUCUGUUUUAGUACCGUGGCCAUCGGCUCCCUUGAAGAGCAGAGAGGUUGUGGAUAUUGGAAUUACCAGUCAUGGCUCAGAUGGAACAUCAUCAACCGCUACACUCAAAAUUGAAGCAGCCUUCUUUGACAGGGAUGAAUGGAAGGCAAGACCGGUGACGAACGAAAAGCAAGGUGAUGACAAGGAUAAACGACCGUUCCGACUUCGCAAAUCAUUCCCUGUCAGUACACCCUUUCUUUGCGCUCGUCUUUAUAUCACUUCACUUGGCGUUUACGAAGCUUCAAUCAAUGGCAAACGAGUUGGGCAAGACAUCCUAUCACCAGGAUGGACGGAUUAUAACUAUCAUCUCAAUUAUUCUAUUUUUGAUGUCACCGAUCUGAUUCUUUCAGGACAGGAGAACUUGAUUGGAGCAUGGGUUGGAACAGGUUGGUACGCUGGUAGACUGGGAUUUAGAGGCAGAAACCGAAACGUAUAUGGAAAUCGACCAGCCCUUAUAGCUCAACUUGAAAUUGACGGUGAAAUAGUGGCCAUGACUGAUUCGUCUUGGGAGUGGUCGUAUGGAGCAUUGAUAGAAUCCGAGUUAUACGAUGGAGAAGUAUAUGAUACUCGUUUAGAAGAUUCUCCCACUAUACAGAGCAAUGAUGAAUGGUCUCCCGUGGAUACUCUUGAAUUACCUGCCGCUCAAUUCGUUGCCUCACAGAACCCUCCCGUCCGUCAGGUUGACACUAUCACUCCAAAAGAUAUCAUCAUGACUCCCUCAGGAAAGACUGUCAUCGAUUUUGGUCAAAAUUUCGCCGGCGUCGUUGAGUUACUUUCCAAUCCUCCUGCUGACUCUACCGAGAUCAUUCUCCGACAUGCGGAAGUACUGGAACACGGAGAACUCGGAACACGACCUCUACGAGCAUGCAAAGCAACCGAUAGGAUCAUACUUGGUGGAUCUAGCAUGAGAGGAUAUAAACCCAAAUUCACUUGCCAUGGAUUCCGUUAUCUUGAAGUAUCUGGCUGGUCAGGAAUCACCAUUGAUGAUGUGCAAGGUGUGGUCCUACAGAGUGUAAUGGAAAGAACUGGUCACUUUUCAUGCUCCCAUCCACUGAUCAAUCGAUUAUACGAGAAUGUAGUGUGGAGCUGGAUCGGCAAUUCGAUAUCUAUUCCAACAGACUGUCCACAACGGGACGAAAGGCUGGGUUGGACGGGGGAUAUUCAAGUCUUCGCUACAACAGCCAGCUUCUUAUACGAUACAAGUGGAUUUCUCGCUAGCUGGUUAAAGGAUCUAUACAAGGAGCAAAAAGCAGCUAAAGGAGUUGUGCCAGUCAUCGUACCUGAUCUUUUAUCCAAGGAAACGGGCGCCGUGGCAAAUCGACCUUUUGCGAUUUGGGGAGAUUCAGCCGUCUUGACACCUUUUGACUUGUAUGAAUCGUUUUCCGAUAUCGAUAUCCUCAAAACUCAAUAUGACUCGAUGAUCAUGUGGCUUAAUGAGGGUGUGGUGAAAGAUCAUAUCACCGGUUUAUGGUCAAGAGAAUCACCUCAAUUAGGAGAUUGGCUCGCUCCUAAAGCUGAUCCUAGAUUCCCUGGCCUUGGGCCAACAGAUAAUCACCUUGUUGCGGAUGUAUAUCUCAUUCAUACCACUCGAACGAUCAAAAAAGUCGCAGAACUAUUAGGUCGAAAUCAAGAUGUCACAAAAUACCAAAAUCAAAUUGACUCGAUGUUGAAAUCUUUCUGUCGUGAAUAUAUCACUGAGUCUGGUCGAGUUAUAUCAGAUACGCAGACAGCACUCGCAUUGAUUUUACAUUUCAAUAUCGCCGACGAUAAACACGCACAUUUGAUAUCGACUUUUACAACCCGACUUUCUGAGCUGGUCACUCGAGACUUAUGGCAAGUGAAUACCGGUUUCGCUGGUACGCCAAUAAUCCUUCAUACUUUAGCAGAACAAGGAUUACUUCAUCACGCAUAUCGUAUGCUUCAAGCCAAAGAUAGUCCAUCGUGGCUAUCAUGUGUAUUACUUGGUGCUACUACAAUCUGGGAACGCUGGGAUUCAAUGAUGAUGGAUGGUACUAUCAACAAAGGUUCCAUGACCAGUUUCAAUCACUAUGCUCUUGGAUCAGUAGCCUCUUUCCUCCAUUCAAUCGUCGGCGGUCUUAGUCCACUCUCACCUGGGUGGAAAGACAUUUUGAUCAAACCUCAACCAGGAGGUACGAUCACUCAGGCUAGUGUCAGCUUUGUCUCACCUUAUGGUAAGAUAUCCUGCGAUUGGGUGAUAGAGGGCGGUGAAUUGCAAGUUCAAAUAGUCGUGCCUCCAAAUACUAGUGCAAGAAUAGAAAUACCAGGUCAGCAGGCGGAGGAAAUAGGAAGUGGAAAGAAGAGUUAUACCAUUCCUUGGAAAGGUGAUACUAGAUUCCCUCCUCCAGUUGUACAACCGCCUUUCACUGCUGCUCUCCCUGACAAUUGGUUACCAUAG